AUGAUCACGUCGAAUAUGCGUCUGCUUCACAGGCCCCAGCAGCAGAAGCAACAACAGAAGCUUCAGCAGCAGCAGCAGCAAAUGCAGCAGCAACAACAGCAGCGACAGGUGCCCGUAUCCGGCCACCACCUAGGCAUCAUAGUACCCCUUCCUGCUGUACACAGCUGCUUCGUUCGGCUCAAGGGCCCCCCUUCUGCUACUGUUCUGUGGCGGCCGCAGCAGCACUUCUGUCGUGUGCUGCAGCUGCAGAAACUCUUAACUCGAGAGACAGAGGCCCUUUGUGACACCAUAGGGCCCCCGCCAAAGAUUCUAGCAGACAUUGCGGCAUCUGUGGGGGCCCCCCAGCUGUAUGUGGGCUGGUUAGGCUCAGGCCUGGGCCCUGCCGAGGCUCCCUUAUUAGAAGAAGCGAAAACAGCAACAACACCAGCAGCAACAGCAGCAGCAGAGGAUGAGGAAAGUCUCGCCGCGUCAGUCUAUGUGGGUAUAUCUACUGCACUGUGCUCUUCGCUGGGCCUAAAGAAAGGAGAGCGAGUCAUUAUUGCUGCAGUACACGUAAACGUGUUAGAGCAACAGCGACAACAGAAGCAGCAACAGCUUGCGGACAGCUGCUUUCCUACUGCAGUCGAGGUGGCGCCUUUAAGCCGCGAGGACUGGGAUGCUGUGCAGCUGCAUGCAGCAACUCUUGAGGAGGAGGUACUGCAGCAGAUAGCCCUAUGUGUGCCGAAUCAGGCCUUUCCCUUGUGGCUCCGCAACAGUCCUAAACCCUUCUUUUUACGUGUAUGUACACCCCAACUUGGGGGGAGGGAUAUCUCCUCUCCAGGCAGAGGGGACAUACGGGGUCCCAUAGGUACAGCAGAAAAGGGACCCGCCAUGUGGCCCCCCUUUCUGUUGCUCAGGCAGAACACAGAACUGCAUGUCAGGCCCCUGGCACAACCUGCCUACCGCAGGGCCCUUCCAUCUGCUGCGGAGAAAACAGAAAAGUGGGACCCCAAUAAAGGCAACAGUACGAGCAGCAGCAGGAGAGACAUUGUGAGGGUACUGCCCAUGCCCGAGGAGGUGACUGAGGACACUGGGGAGACUCACGGGGGACCCCGCUCUGUAGAUGUUAGUUGCUUCUGCAGUUGCCGCUCCCAGGAGAAACCCAAGGACAGGGUAACGUGGCCUUAUGUGUGCUUGCUGCACCCUGCUCACUUGGAGGCGCUGCAGCAGCAGCAGCAGUGGCUGCUUCCAGCAAUCAGAAGCCGAUGUCCCUCGUGGGAUACAGAGGAGACAGUUGCUAGGCUAGAGGAGCUUGCCGCAGCAGCAGAGGGUCUAGUGGUUGUGUGUGUCAGGGGUGGUCCUUCGAGGGAGGGGUUUUUAAAGAACUGCAGCAGCAGCAGCUGGAACGGAGGUGCUGCGCUGCUUCUUGCUGCUGCUGCUUCGGAUGUCCCCCUUGGAUGCAUACGGCUGCCUUCCUUCGUGCGCUGUCUCUACGGCUGGUGCCUUAGCAGUCGUGUCACUGUGGAGGCUGUGUUGCAGCUGCCGACCCUCCCUGCAUGCCUUUUGCUGACACCGAUUGUCUCCUCUGCUGUGGUGCAGCCGCAAGCAGCAGGAAACAUGGAAAAGCCAGGAGGAGGGCCCCACAGACACAGAAGCCUGACUGGCUGCGCUGCAAAGGAGACUGUCGCUGCUGCUCUCCUUGCUGCGCUGCUGCAGACCAAAGACGGCUCGGCCCGAAUCCUCGAAGCAUUCUUCUCCCUCUCGAACACGAAAACUUCGUCUAGUAUUGACCCCGCAUCUGCAACAGGAACUGCUGGUGCUACUGCUGCUGACGAUUUUCAAAGCAACGCUGAGCAUCGGGAGGGGCAGCACAAUCUAGAGGCCGCCGUCUGUGCCUUUAGCGCCCUUCUGGGCCACGUGCUGUGGGAUGGAGCAAUUGUCCGCGUCGAUAUUAUGCUGAACGCUCAAGACAUGAAUCAACUGCUCACGUGCAAUGCAGCAGAGGCACCUCGCGAGCAGCAAGUGCAACCACAACAGCAGCAGCAGCAGCAGGGCAUAGAGUCGGCUGCUGUUGGUCUCCUCACUGGAAUUGGUACCACCCAGGGCUCUAGCUUGUCUACAGAGGACAGCGAGGCCCCUCCCCAGGGCUCCGCUUCAGGUGUCUCCUCGUUCGGCAAAGCGGGCCCUGUUGUUGGGGGCCCCUUGGUGGAUUCGUGGCUUGGGGAGGAGUUGCAAGAGCUCGAGGAGGGCCUAGGGGACUUGUAUGUCCCUUUAAAUGCAGACUCAGCAGCAGAUGGAUGUAAAGAAGGCGCGCCUAUCAAACUAGCCAGUAACCCCCAAAGCUUACAGGAUGCAGGAGACAGCGAACGAUCCCCACAACUGGAGGAGCCCCUGCCUCUGGCGGGCCCCCACCUACUGCUAGCGAAUCCACGAGUGUUGAGGGCACCCGAGUGGGCCCACUUAGCAAAGUUCUGCAGCGACGUGGAGGAGCUUUCUGCCGAGAGUCUUUGGGGGCCCCUUUCGUGGAAGAAGACUAGAGACACAGUGUUUCACGACUGCAUAUCGCUGAACCGGGACAGCAGCCGUGCAGGCUCUGCGGGACCGCCUGGGGCCCCAGGGUGGCAAGAGAUGAAGGCAGACGAUAGCGGACUGGUGCGGGUGUCUGUGGAUGUUCUCAUAUCAUUUAAUGCAGCAGACUCAGGAGAGCUCCCCCGCGCGACCUCGGGGGAUACCGGCGAGGCCCCCAAGCAGUUGUUUCCUCUGUUUAGCGCUGCUGUACCUCUGGCUGUUGCACCACUGCACACGAGCCAGCCCUUCUCCGCCUUAGACACUCCUGCAAGAAAGGAGGAGUUUGCUUGUGUGCUUUUAAACUCGUCGCUGAGAUCCCUUAUCCGGCAGGGACGCUUUACGGCGGAGGUUACCCGUCCCCUCGUCGUGUGUCUUGGACCUGGGGAGGAAAAGACAACAGCUGGAGACAUCUGCUUGCCCUUAAAGAUGGGCAGCUUGCCGUCUCCCAAAGAGACGCUGUGUGGCUUGGAGCAACGCAGAGACAGCCCUGUAACAGGGCCUCAGACCGAGGAGCACAGCGACAGCUCCCGAAUCCAUGGGGUGAAGGAACAGCAGUUUGUACUCAACCCGCAGGCCAUCGAGACAGCCCGUCGCUUCUGGUGGCUGGCCCCCCCAUCUGUCUGGCUGAGGGGCCCAUCUGCACUGGCCGCUGCAUCCGAUGGCAGCGCGGGGGCAGACACGCAGCUUCUGCAGCUGCUACAGCAAGGCUGCUUGGAGGCGCCUGUGGCGGAGAUCCUGGAGGCCAUGCCCGGCAUCCACCAGGUGUCUCCUUCAGGCCCCCUGGCUCCACUGCUACUUCUCAGCUGCUCUCAGGGGCCCUUUCUUCCCGACUUCACACGAUUAAGAGCUUUUGGGGACUGCCCUGAAGCUCUGACCCGAGCAGUGUACAGACGGCUGGGGGCGGUGCGCAGCUCCGGCAGGAACGCAGCACAUGGACAUUUCGAUGCUGUCCCCGCGGGGGGUGGCACGGCACUUGAGAGGCACCUUACCAGAGCCCUCAACAGUCUCGAUUACUGCACGCUGCUUGUCUGCGGCCCUCGGGGCAGCGGGCGGUCUGCUCUGUGCAAAUCCGUCUGCAUCGACGUGACGCGACAGCUCGGAGUGUUUAGUAAGGCACAAGGAGAGAGGAAGGCGCCUGACCUUAUCAGUUGCCGGCAUGUGCUGCACCUGCCCAAGGAAUUAUUGUGUGGGGACGUCCUGUGCUUUUCGGCGGAGGAGGGAGGCGGUGGACCUACUGUGGCGGAGGCCAGGGGGGCUACAAUUUCUGCUUAUCUGUACGACCUUAUCGAAAGGGUUUCAGGAGGAGUUUGCAGUGCCAGAUCAAGCCUCUGUGUAGGUGUAAAAGAAGAUCUUUGCUACAGCUCAUCAAGGGGACAAGGGAUUGCACCGGGACGCGUUGUAAUUCUGGCCACAGCAGUUGAUGCUUCGGCGCUACACCCCCUUCUCUCUCAGCCUCUGCUGUUCGGAUGCUCCCCCGUACGCAUACACUGCGAUACAUAUGUGCAGCGCGAUCCAGCAGUUUCCCAUUGUCUAGGCACCCCACUAGAGGCAGAGGAAGGAGAAAUGUGGGAUAUCGCAAACCAUCUCGAAGGCUACAGUCUGACCGACAUCCAUGCCCUGGUGAUGCGUGCUCUGGGGGAGCGCCUAUUAAGUGAUCCUGGGGGCACCUCUCCAAGCCGGUCACCCGGAGCCGUCACUUUAGCCGAGCAUUUCCGCUCAGCGUUGGGUGGCUUUCGUCCGCGAGCUACUCAGGGGCAAUCGUUCAUUCAGUGCGAGAAGGAGGAGCUGCAGGAUUUGCUGACGCUUCAGAGACGGUAUCCUGUUUUGUUGAGUGCCUCUGGCACUUCAGUAUACCAGGGCGUGGUGCUAAUAGGCCCACCUGGGUGCGGAAAGACUCAUCUAGCUCUCGCCGCUGUGGGGGAGGCUGGCAUCCGCUGCAUUCACGUUAAGGGCCCCGAACUGCUUGGAAAGUUCAUCGGUGCUAGCGAAGCUGCCGUCAGAGAUGUGUUCCACAGAGCGCAGGCGGCGAAACCUUGCGCAAUUCUUUUUGAUGAAAUCGAAGCUUUGGCCACAAAGCGUGGAGGCGACACCACAGGAGUAACUGACAGAGUGGUGAACCAGCUCUUAUGCUACUUGGACGGAAUUGAGGAGCGCCAGGUCUGUUUUUGCGGACUCCCUGUAACGGACAGUGAAAGGAUGGAAGUGCUAACAGCAGCGAUCAGCACCCUAAAUUGUAACGUUUCCUUUGACAUCAGUACCGUGGGAUCGAUGCUUCCAUUGACGUUUAGCCCGGCAGACAUUCAGGCAUCAGUAAAUCAGGCGCAGCUAUACGCCGUUCAGGAGGCUCUUGCGGGCUCGUCAACUCGAGAGAAUUCCAGUGAAUUGAAACGGGCAACAGUUUCUACGCAGCACAUUGAAGCCGCUUUGCAGAACUGCAAGGCUUCUCUGAGUGUGCAGGAACUUCAGCGAUAUCAUCGGUACUGUCUUCCCUACCUGAACAAGCCAUACCAAGAGCGGGUUGAGGCAAUUGAACACCUAUUCGCCUCUGCCUCCUCCGCUCUUCCGGACGCAGGUGCUGUCGAUAGAAAUGAAGAAGAUUCGAAAGGCACGCGUAGCUACAGCCCUUAUACACAACAAGCUCCAGGGCCAGGCUCAGAUAUGGCGUCUCACUGUAGCUUCAGUUCCACUUCUCCGGAUGCAAACGGCCACAAAAUAUGUACCAGUGAUCAGGAGAGUGCGGCGGAGGCAAACUUUCAGUUCGCUAGCAAUGAGACGCCGCUCCAGCUAGAUGGCGUGGCUGGUCCUCCCAAAAGGGGACGCCGGCGUAUAAGGGAUGCCUCAAAGAUCGCGGGUAAUCGUGUGGCUUUGAUGUAA